AUGCUGCUCUCCGACACGCAGCAACAGCAGCAGCAGGCGCCGCCGCUGGCGCCGGAAAAUUCGACGAGGAAGCAGUUUGGGCGGCCAGCCGUGGUCCCAGCAACGCGCUUCACCCACGUGGAGAUCCCCAUCGGCCCCGGCGACGCGCCGCCUCUCGUGUCCGAGUCCGAGGUGAAGCACUCUGAGCCUCCCGUGGAGCACGCGUUCGCCAAGUGCCUGGGCGGGCUGGUGAGCGUGGUGAUGCAGGAGGUGCACCUGGAGCUGGCGUUCCCGACGGGGGAGAUCACGGCGGUGUACUCGUGCGGGCCCGGGCAGCAGGCCGUGGCGGUCUCCGGCAGCGGCGGCGCGGGGGUGAGCGUGCGGCUGGGCGAGAUGUACGCGGAGGAAGAGCGGGAACUGCUAGUGGAGGUGCGCGCGCCGCUGGGCAGCCACCCGCACUCGCUGUCGGUGCGUUGCAGCUACCGCGACCCGUCGUCGCAGGAGACGGUCCGCGGCGCGGAGCAGCCGCUGCUGCUGCCCCCGCUCCAGGGCGAGCGGGCGUCGUCGUCGUUGUCGCGGCGGCUGCACGACCUGUUCGUGGCGACGCGCGCCGUGGCGGAGUCGCGGCGGCUGGCGGAGCUGCAGGACCUGGCGACGGCGAUCCACCUGCUGUCGUCGGCGCGGGCGCUGGUGCUGCAGUCGCCGCCGACGCAGCAGCAGCAGGAGCUGGUGGGCAGCCUGGACACGGAGCUGAGCGACAUGCGGUGGCGGCGCGCCAACCAGCAUCAGUACCAGCAGCAAGAGGCACUGACGCCGACGUCGAGGAGCGGCAGGAGGAGGGGAGACGGGGACACGACGACGCCCGUGGGGACCCCGCGUGGGUCAGCCGGUCCUGGAGGGGGCGGGGCCGGGGAGCCACUUACGCCCACGUCGGCGUGGCGCGCGGCAGAGCAGCUGGCCAAGGUGGCCAUCAUGCGCAAGUCCAUGAACCGGGUCAGCGACCUGCACGGCUUCGAGAACGCGCGCUUCUGA